AUGCCUCCCAUCCGCACUGGCCGCAAUCGCAAACCCCCACCGGCCGGCUUCGAUGAUCUAGAAGAUACCCUGCUGGAGUUCAGCAAUAAGAUGAAGGAUGCUGAGAAUGCGUCCCAUGACGGCAAAAAGAAGCACGAAGUGCUCUGGCCCAUCUUCCAGAUUAGCCACCAGCGCUCCCGAUACAUCUACGACCUCUACUACGAGAAGGAAGCCAUUUCCAAGCAGCUGUAUGAAUGGCUCCUGAAGAACAACUACGCCGACGCCAAUCUAAUCGCCAAGUGGAAGAAGCAGGGUUAUGAAAAGCUCUGCUGUCUCCGCUGCGUCCAGACCAAGGAGACCAAUUUCAAUUCCACCUGCAUCUGCCGCGUGCCCAAGGCCCAGCUGAAAGAAGAGCAGACGAUCCAGUGCGUCAGCUGCGGGUGCCGGGGCUGUGCGAGCAGUGACUGA